CCACGGUAUAUGUGGCAAAGAUGAGACGCCACGUCAGCAAUCUUCAUACCUUGUCCCUGCUUGAUCCUUAUACGGCCAGCAGGCUGAGUUCACUGCUGCUGAAGGGCGAGUCGGAAGCUUUGCGUUUGCAGCGACUACUAGCAGGGCAGUCGAAACGAUCGAAGCAACGAUCAAACACCAUCUCUGCCAUUCUACAUUAUAUCUACCACCAUAGUAGUGUGCUAUCUCGGGCUUAUCCGGCAUGGAUGUUUCGGUUUGCGUUUGCUAAAACAGUUUCGAAAAAGGACAGGCUCCGGUUUGUCCAAGAAUACAGUCCCAUGCUAUCGUUUUCUCACACGAUAAUGCGUAUUAUGGGAAAGGAACAAAACGACGCCGCUCUACGAGAUAAAUACAUAGCCUUCUGGAAGUCUACCCAGCUAGAGUUUGUGAAAUCAACACAGUUUUUAGACCCGGAGGUGCCCUUGGAAACGAACAGUGACAAGAUUUUACAGCUGAAAUUUCAGCCCCAAACGCCCGUUUCAGAAGAUGUACGGAGACUCAUCAAAGUACGACAGCAGUACAGCAGUGUUGUGAAGCCCAAGUUUAAACUCCCUGAGUUGGUGAUCUCAGUUGACCCAAACAGGUUUGGCUUGCCGCCCUCUGCAGAACGGAUCUUCAACAUGAGAUUGGCUAGACUUGUCAAACUCCAGAAGUACUAUCGCAAAUACCCUCCGAUCACCCAAGAAGACAUGCACAUAUUCAACCAGCUAGACCUUAUUUCUUUUCCUGGAGCAGUAAGAGAAGCUUACGUCAACUUUCUCAGCUUGACCGCUUUUACCAUCGACGAUGAAGCCCGAAUAGCAAAAUCGAAUAUUCUAGAAAAGAGAAUCGCCAUCUCGGAAAAGAUGGAGACUUUGUACAAAGAGCUUAGAUAAGUUUCAGAGCGUUUUAUAGAUCAAUAACUAAUCCACA